UAGCCCUGCUCCGAAAUCUUUUCCUUCCCUUUCCUCUCAUCUCCUCUCCCUGCGGAGGCCGACAGGUCUGGCUGCCGCUGAGCCCUCCUCCGCCAUCAUCAAUAGCCAGAGCAAACCCCAAACCCUGCAGAUUCUCUUACCACAGAGCAAGCCAUUGAUCACUCACACACUUACGCAGAGUGGACAUUGACACGAGACUGAGCGAGAGAUUCCACCUCCUACUGCCCUGCUGCUGCGAGCCUGCCUGCGAGUAUAUAUCACGUACAAGAAGCCAAGAACAAGAAGGUUGUCGACUCUUAUUCGGAGCCAAGAACUCGAUCAUACACAUGCACCCGGCCAUGGCGGCGGCGGCCACCGAGAGACCAGCGGUGCCCAUUUUCUACAGCGCCGGCGGCAUCGCGCUCGGUGCCGCGCGCGGAGACGAUGAGGAGGGAGGCGUCUUUGGUGGCGGCUUCCCUGCAGCGCGGCCGUCCGCCGUCACCCAGCAGUUCUUCCCGACGACGACGGUGGCCCAGCAACGGCAGCAGGCGGUGGAGCAGCGGGAACAGACGGUGGAACGGUGCGUCCUGGCAGGCGCGGCGGCGGCGGCGGCGGCAGGGGCAGGGCGGUGGUCCAGGCCGGCGUCGAGGGCGAAGAGCCGGCGCGGGCCGCGGUCCAGGAGCUCCCAGUACCGCGGCGUCACCUUCUACCGCCGCACCGGCCGCUGGGAGUCCCACAUUUGGGACUCUGGGAAGCAGGUUUACCUGGGUGGAUUCGACACGGCGCAGGCAGCUGCAAGGGCCUACGACCAGGCUGCGAUCAAGUUCCGAGGCGUCGACGCCGACAUCAACUUCAACCUGGACGACUACCAGGAGGAAAUCAAGAAGAUGAGCAGCUGCAGCAAGGAGGACUUCGUGCAGGUGCUGCGGCGGCAGGGCGCCGGCUUCGUCCGGAGCAGCUCCAGGUUCCGGGGCGUCACCCUGCACAAGUGCGGCAAGUGGGAGGCCAGGAUCGGCCAGCUCAUGGGCAAGAAGUUCGUGUACCUUGGCCUGUAUGACACGGAGAUGGAUGCUGCAAAGGCUUACGACAAGGCCGCGAUGGAAAGCUGCGGGGAGGAGGCGGUGACCAACUUGGAGGAGCCCAAGGCGGCGGCAUGCAGCGGCGAACUCAGCCUGCAAUCUUGGGAAAGCGAGCCUGAUCUUGAGCUCAGCCUGGGGUGCUCGGGGGGCGGUGCUGGAGGCGACGUCCUCCACUCAGCCGCACUAGGCAACCGGAGAACGAGCCUGACGUUGGAGAUGCCGGAGGAGGUCAGCACGACGGCGUGGUGCUCCGGCAGGAACAGGAGCAUCUGGAUCAGGCCUUCGUCGAGGCCGACAACGCCGCCGAACCCCACGCUUGGGUACCCAGACUGCGGCGAUCACCGCCCCAGCACAGACAGCAGCACCACCACCAUGCUCCAGAUGAUGAACAGGGCCAGAUCAGCGGAGGCGGCAGGGCAGAGCUACAGCAACAGAUGUCCGGGUGGCCCACCGGCGGCGGCAAUCAUUGGCUCCCGUACGCCGCCGCCGCAGCAGCAUCAUCAGGAUUCCCGCCGGCCCCGGAGCUGGGAUGUGGCCUAGGCGCCGAGCAGCUGAACCACCACCGGCUGGACAGAAGGGAGCAGCAGUGGCGCUGAGUCACGGACCACUGCUGCCGCCGGCGUGCCGUAGUUUGGUAAGCAGGCCGACGCGCCGUGAGGCGAGCAAGCUUCGGUGCGUCAAUGCCAGCGGCCGAGCUCCAGCUAUCCGUAGAGCAGAAAGUGUGAACGAUGUAGCAUUGUAGCUGCACAACGUUCUAUUGAAAACAUUCCGGCGUUACCAAGCACGCACUAUGUAAUGUAAGCUUGGAAAUUUGUACAACGUGGAUGGCCGCUAGCUACUACCUGAAUUUCCUUGAAAACUUCCUCGGCCGUCGCCGGCGAGCAUCC